AGUUUUCUACAAAAGGAGCUUGGACGCCUACUGCGCAUGCGCAUUACCAGGAGUCCUUGGCUGCUUGCUCUACUCUAGGUUACUUAGCCGGUCAGAGACACAAACACACAAAAUGCAAAGCUGGACGCAGCUUUAUCGCUCGGUGACCACGCUGAACCACCAGCUCCCCUACAAGCUGCACGGAGCUGCUACUGUGUCCGUCCGAACUUUUGCUGACAAAGCAGCAAUUGAUGCAGACGUCACAGUGGUCGGCUCUGGUCCCGGAGGAUAUGUCGCUGCCAUCAAAGCUGCACAGCUUGGUUUUAAGACAGUUUGUGUUGAGAAAAAUGCAACACUGGGUGGGACGUGUCUAAAUGUUGGCUGCAUCCCCUCAAAGGCUCUGCUCAACAACUCCUACUUGUACCACAUGGCACACGGCAAGGACUUUGAAAGCAGAGGCAUCGAAAUCUCAGGCAUAUCGUUGAACUUGGAGAAGAUGAUGGCUCAGAAGAGCGGCGCCGUGAAAGCUCUGACCGGAGGAAUUGCUCAUCUGUUCAAACAGAACAAAGUCACCCAUGUGAACGGCUUUGGAAGGUUAACCGGAAAGAACCAGGUCACCGCCACGGCGGCCGACGGCUCUGAGCAGGUCAUCAACACUAAGAACAUCCUCCUUGCCACUGGCUCUGAGGUCACUCCCUUCCCUGGCAUCCAGAUAGACGAGGACACGGUUGUGUCGUCCACAGGAGCGCUGUCCCUGAAGAGAGUCCCAGAGGAGAUGAUUGUGAUCGGCGCGGGUGUGAUUGGAGUGGAGCUGGGGUCGGUGUGGCAGCGUCUGGGCUCUAAGGUCACAGCCGUGGAGUUCCUGGGCCACGUGGGUGGCGUAGGCAUUGACAUGGAAAUCUCCAAGAACUUCCAGCGCAUCCUACAGAAGCAAGGGCUCAAGUUCAAGCUGGGCACCAAAGUUCUAGGAGCUACCAAGAGGCCAGAUGGCAAGAUCGAUGUGGCGAUGGAGGCUGCAGCUGGGGGGAAGAACGAGACUCUGACAUGUGACGUUCUGCUGGUUUGCAUCGGCAGACGACCGUUCACCCAGAACCUGGGUCUGGAGACCAUCGGCAUCGAGCUGGACAACAGGGGCCGGAUACCCGUCAACGGUCGCUUCCAGACCAAAGUACCCAGCGUUUAUGCCAUUGGUGAUGUGAUUGCCGGGCCCAUGUUGGCCCACAAGGCUGAGGAUGAGGGCAUAAUCUGCGUGGAGGGCAUGGCCGGCGGCGCCGUGCACAUCGACUACAACUGUGUUCCCUCCGUCAUCUACACACAUCCUGAGGUGGCCUGGGUGGGCAAGUCAGAGGAGCAGCUCAAAGAUGAGGGCGUUCCGUACAAAGUUGGCAAGUUCCCCUUUGCAGCCAACAGCCGAGCCAAGACCAAUGCUGACACGGACGGCCUGGUGAAGAUCCUCAGCCACAAGGAGACCGACAGGAUGCUCGGAGCUCACAUACUAGGAAGUGGAGCAGGAGAGAUGAUCAAUGAAGCUGCUCUAGCCAUGGAGUAUGGCGCCUCCUGUGAGGAUGUGGCUCGAGUCUGCCACGCCCAUCCCACGGUGUCGGAGGCUUUUAGGGAAGCCAACCUGGCAGCAUCCUUUGGAAAAGCAAUCAACUUUUAACCUGCCAGCUGUUUUCUCACCUCUGGACGUAACGGUGGAAACAGCAGGAAGCUGUUUGGGGACAGAAACCUUCACCGACCUAAACCCACUCUAAAUCCAAACCUACCACAGUUUGCUCCAUGUUAUUUAAAUGUUUCAGCAAAACAAAGACUGUCUGGAGUCAGGCUUUUGGUUUUCCACUUGUAGUUUAAAAGAUCCCAGUCCGAUCAAUAAAGUCUGUGGUGUCCGAAGACAGGAAGGCUUUUGUUUCUCUGGUUUUUAGUCUGGAAGAUUUUCUUGGGAUGAAAAUAACAGAAAAUCUAAGCAGUUCCUGAAUUUUCAGAGUAAGCGUCCACUUUCAAAACCCUUGUGGCUUUGUGAGCUCGGCCCAGUCACACGGCACAACUGUACCUCACCGGCUCAGUGUAAGCUGCUGCUGGGGAAAAAUCCUGCUCCAGUUACUUCACUGGUUUGCUUCAGGUUGUUGUUGCUUGUGUCUCCAUUUAAACCAAUAAAUGCAGUUCUUCAGCCA